GCGCUGAUUGGCGGCGGCGCACGCGGCGCGUUUGAACGGCCAGCAGGGCGAUGGAGGCGGCGGAGCUGCGCUGCACGGCGGCCGUGGAGCAGCCGCUGCCGGGGGGACUCGCCCCGCGCCGCCGCCUGAUGCGGAACGCGACCGUGCUGCUGGGCCGCAACGAGCUGCGGCAGCCCGUGCUGCGGGUGGCCGGCGGCAGCGGCGCGGCGGCGGCGGUGCUGAGUUUCGUGCUGGCCGGUGACGCCGUGAGGCUCUUCACGCGGUUCGCGGGCGAGGGGCGGGCGGCGGUGCGGGUGGGGCCGGACGGGGCCCAGGUGCUGCUGUCCGACUGCCCCCCGGACGCGCUGCGCCGCUUCCUCCGCCUCCUGCGCCUCAAGGUGGCCGCCGGGUCGCGGGACGCGCCGCGCCGCCCCCGCCUGCUGGAGCGGCCGCCGCCGUCCUUCUCCGUCAUCAGCCCGGUGCAGGAGCGAGACCUGCUGGGCGGCCCCGGCCGCCGCCGCCCCGGCCAAGAGCGGGGCGAGUGCCCGGCGGAGGUGCCCCGCGCGGAGAGGCGGCCCCCGGCGAGGCUCUCGGCGGAGCAGGAGGCGGUUCUGGGCGCCGUGCAGAGCGGGAAGAGCAUCUUCUUCACCGGCUCUGCAGGUGAGGGGUCCCGGCCACUCUCAUCGGCUCCCCGGAGAAAGUCCUGGCCAUUGACCUGUCGUUUUUCUCUCGAAGGGACUGGGAAGUCGUUCCUGCUGAAGAGGAUCUUGGGCUCCCUCCCUCCGAACAUCACCUACGCUACAGCCAGCACGGGAGUGGCGGCUUCUCACAUCGGUGGCACUACUCUCCACGCCUUUGCAGGGAUCGGCUCUGGGAAGGCACCGCUAGAACAGUGCAUUCAGCUGGCAGAGAGGCCAGGGGUGCGCCAACAUUGGCUGGCCUGCCAGCACUUAAUUAUUGAUGAGAUCUCAAUGGUGGACGGCAAGUUCUUUGACAAGCUGGAAGCAGUGGCAAGGGCCGUCAGAAAACGGGAUGAGCCUUUUGGAGGAAUUCAGCUAAUUAUCUGUGGGGAUUUCUUACAGCUACCCCCAGUCUGCAAGGCUAAUGAAGAAACCAAGUUCUGUUUCCAGGCAAAAAGCUGGAGGAAAUGCAUCCACAUAAACAUGGAGCUGACUGAAGUGAGGAGACAGACUGACAAGACCUUUGUCUCACUCCUGAGUGCAAUCCGUUUAGGCAGGUGCACAGAGGAGGUUACCAGACAGCUGAUGCAAACAGCUGCUCACAAGUCUGAGCGUGAUGGGAUCCUGGCUACGAGGCUGUGCACCCACAAAGAUGAUGUAGAAAUAACCAAUGAGAGACGCUUGCAGCAGCUUCCAGGAGAAGUGCAUGUGUUUGAGGCUUUGGACAGUGACCCAAUGCUAGUGAAGUUAAUUGAUGCUCAGUGUCCUGUGGGUGGUAGAGUUGAGCUAAAGCUUGGAGCUCAGGUGAUGUUAGCAAAGAAUCUUGAUGUGUCUCAAGGGCUGGUGAAUGGGGCACGAGGUGUUGUUGUGGGGUUUGAAAGUGAACAGAAGGGGCUGCCUAAGGUGAGGUUUCUCUGUGGGGUCACACAGCUCAUAAAAAUGGAGAAAUGGGUCAUCAAAGGACCAUCAGGAGUUCACCUGAGUCGUCAGCAAUUACCUUUAAAAUUGGCAUGGGCCAUUUCCAUUCACAAGAGUCAGGGCAUGUCUUUGGACUGCGUGGAGAUCUCCCUGUCUCGUGUCUUUGAGAGCGGGCAGGCUUACGUAGCCCUCUCCCGAGCCCGGAGCCUCGCGGGGCUCCGUGUUCUGGAUUUUGACCCAAAAGCAGUGAGAGCUGAUCCUGCUGUGCUGCAGUUCUACAGGCAGCUGAGGCGUCACCAGCUUCUAGCCCAGGAUUCACUACAUGCCCAUUCAGAGGCUGAUGAGAAGGAGAACUGGAAAUGCAACUGAGAAUGCUCUAGUUUCUGUGAGGUGUCAGCUCAGCCUGCUGAGAUGCAGCAAUCUUGCUGUGUAUAUUUGAUAACACAGACAAAGCCAAAGGAGAUUUUUUGGAUGUUUGCUUCAUUCAGCUGACUCUGGAUAUCUAGAACUAUCCCCACCUCACAUCUCUGGAAUUUGGAAGGCUUCUGCAGACCCCUUCUAGCCUGAACCUUGAGUACUCCUGUGUCACAAAUGCAACUAGCAAACAAAAUGACUGAACAAGGAUGUGCCUGAGGGACAUUUCUACAGUUUUGUCCUGGCUGAGGGACCUUCCUACCAUUCUCUCCUGCCUGCUAAUUGUAUUUUAUUAUCUGCACAUAUAGACUGAGACCUUUCUGUGUGCCUUUCUUCAAGUACACCACUGCUGAGAGACAGAAAGUGUGUCCUCUUUGCUUGGAUGGAUUGCUCACAGGAGCUGCUGACACAAGGGAAAGCAGUGCUAAAUAUCUGGAAUACUUGAUUUGCCUGCAAGAGAAGAGCUGUUCUUGCUGCCUGACUCCAGGAGUCUGCAUAACAUCUUCCACAAACAGAACUGUCAGAGUUGCACACUGCCUGUUAUGCUGAUACACGGCAUUUUUAUUAGUCUGUUGCAUACAAUGAGGUGAUUUUUUUUUUAACUUUUUGAGAUGAGCUGGCACUAUUUAAAAAUAGGAGAAAGUCCUACAUCUUAUACCCAUAAUUAUGGAACUAUAAGGACUGUGAAGAUUCAUUACCCCAUGAGCAAGAAGGGGGUCAGAGGAGAUGGGUGCUGGUGGGACCCCUCUUGUUUAAACUCAUGAGGCUCCCAUUCAGAUGGGAGUUUCUCCUGGAAAAAAUGUCUGACUAAUAAGGUGGAACUUGUGUGUGCAAUAGAGUAAUGGCUAAGGACAUGGGAAGUGAGCUGUAACUUCACUCAUUUCAGCAAAAGCAGAGAUGAGCAGAACUAAUGUACUGUCUUUUUAAUAAAGGAGAAGCUUUGGUCUUUGUAUUUUAGCACUUUAAAGUAAUUUGCAUAUUUUAAAAUGCUUUACAUAUGGGAAUAACAUGAAAUAACAUCCAGCUGGAACUUGUCUCUUGCAGGGGAAUUCUCUAAAAAAACCUUUGCAGUGUAAGCAAGUUGAAGGCCAUUUCUUGGCAGCUGCUCUCCUUAAGGCCAGGAAAGGAUGUUGGCUAGCCAGUGGUCAGCAUAACAGAAAACAGAUUUCAAUGGGACUUCAAAAUGUAUUUUUUGUUUUGUUUUGGGUUUCUUUGUUUGUUUUGUUUGAUUUUUUUUUUCCUGGGCUUGAGAAGGUAGAGUCUUGGAGGAAGCAAAAGUAGAAGACAGAAGUGUGACUAUUAUUCAGAGAGGUUCUUAAUGUAUAUAUAUAGGUGGGUGCUGAGUUUGAAAGCUGCUAUUUAAACCCUAAAAGAAGCAGUCAGGACAAAUCUGAGCUGACAGGCUCUGUCAUGGCUCCCCUUUGGUCAGGAUUAUGAUGAGGCCUUUUUUAAAUGGAAUAAUGCUUCCCGGUACUUGAGCUAAAAACAUCUUGUCAUACAAUAAAUAUCCCUUCUUCCACGUUCUCCAUAACACGUUAAUUUCUUUUUAUAGAGGUUCUAUCUAGAGCUAGAACUCAGUACACUGCCAUGGGAUUAAAAAAAUAAAACAAACCAACAAAACCACAACUUGUAAUUUAAGCCUUUAAACAUCUGCCUUAACUGCAGCUAUUAUUAAGUGAAUUAAACUAAGAGUUUGAUUCAUAAUUGGUAUUUCUGUUACUACAAAAUACAGCCAUUCUCAUUUCAAAUACAUUAAACCAGAAGAAACUGCUUUGUACCAGCUAAAGCUCCAUUAUACAUUUGUGUUAUUGGAAGCAUAAUUCACAAACAGAGUGUUAUUAAAACCUUACCAGCUUCCAGUUUAAGUCUUUGUAUGGUGAUUUAACACCCUUCCUGUUCUUUGUGUCAUUUUCAUUAUAAUUAAACAAAUAUGUGUCCUCACAGCCUGGGCCCACAAGUCCUGUGAGCACAGGAAAGGCAGCAAUAGUCCUGUUGAGUCUGGAUGCUGUAAUAAACAAACAUAAGAUUGUGUCCAGGAAUUAGACCUUCAUAUCCAGAAUUGCUCUGAAUAGAUAAAAAAAUGCUGCUCUUAAGUAAUGGAAAUAGAGUGCAUUAUUGGUUGUGCUAUGAAUGCUAAUAAUGUCAUUUUUCUUGUAGAUAUUACAAGUUUCUCAUUCUAUAUUA